AUGGCGACCCGGCUAGCCCGGUUCUCUGGGUACAACGCCAGCUCCAGCUCCAGCGUGGCCGGGUCGAUGUGGCCGCGGACUCUGUCUGGCUUCAAUGCGUUCUUGAGCGGAGGCUACUCUCCGGAGCCUGCUUCGCUGAAGUCUGCGCGAUGCCACAUUGACUGUGACGUGCUCGUUCCGAGUGUCAGUCUGGGUUUAGGUUCGACACACUCACACGCUCCGUCGCGUUCGCACUCCCCGGCACACUCAUACCUCCCGGCUCCCCACUCACCGCCACCGACGGGCCUCGUUCCUCUUGACCCGCCUCCGGCCCUUUCUGCUGGCGCCGUGAUUGACUUGCGUCAAGCCGCGCUGUACCUCAAAGCGCACUCCUUCGCUCGUGACCCGCGACUCCGCAAACUGCUUCGACAGCACGGAGCAACGCAUGCCAUGCACACAGCCAGCGAGAAGGACCACGUUGUGCUCCAACUGCCUACGAACCCGCCACGGCUCGUUGUUGUCUCCGACCCGGAGUUGCUGAAGCUGCUGCGCAAGGGGGCCGAGCACCGCGACCACGGUCAUGACCGCAGCCAUGACCUCCAUGCCCUUGGCCACCACGGCCGCUGCUCUGACCGUGCCAUCCCGCUCGCUCCCCCGCUCGAGAUCCGGCAGCCCGUGCGGUGGACCGUGUAA